AUGCUUCAUUUCUACUGCACGCACAACAUCACCCCUACAGUGAUCCCAGCGAGUUGCACGAGCCAGAUUCAACCCCUUGACGUUAGCAUCAACCGGUGCUUCAAGGCUGCUGUGCGAGCUCGCUCCGGCAGGUGGUUCAUGCGUGAAGGGAUUCACAUGAAGACGAAGAAGGGGAACCUGCAAAGGCCUCCGCACCCCGUGGUGCUGCAGUGGAUCGCGGAGGCAUGGGAUCAAGUCCCCAAGCAGGUUAUCAUUGACGUGUUCCGUCACUGUGGGAUUUCAAGCAAGCUGGACGGGAUGGAGAACCACCUGGUGAUGUCUCACCUGCGCGCCAAGACCACUGUCAAUGUCUCCAAGGACAUGAGCCUCGGGGGAACCAUAGGCGACAACACGCGCCUGCUUGGGCAAGCGCCAGAGGAGGAGGAGGAGGAGGAGGAGGAGGAGGAGGAGGAGGAGGAGGAGGAGGAGGAGGAGGAAGAGGAGGAGGAGGAGGAGGAGGAGGAGGAGGAGGAGGAGGAGGAGGAGAUGCAGGCGGAGGGCAUGAGGGAGGUGGUCGUGGAAACUGGCCUGGAGGUGCUGUACCAGGAGACUCCCAACUAUCGCGGAGCGGCGGCUGAGGGUGACCGCAUGAUCGAGCCAAGGGAGACGGGUAGGCAUGCCUGGCGAGUGCCAGUCCUGAGUGUUAGGGAGCCUGGUAUUAGUGCAAGUGAGGACGUCGUGACUGAGGAGGGCUAA